AUGAAUUUCCAGCCAAUGGGACUCCAGCGCAAACAUUUACUACAACCUCCAACUCCUGGGCUUAAGCAAUUCUCUUGCCUCAGCCUCCCAAGUAGCUGGGAACUCCUGAGCUCAAGUGAUCCACCAGCCUCAGCCUCCCAAAGUGCUAGGAUUACAGGCAUGAACCACCGUGCC